GUGGCUGGAUUACAUCUCGGACGGCCAUAACCUCUAAAUGCUUUAAUUGGAUUGUCUCUGGUUCUACUUAGUAUAAAUAGAAGUGUCCAGGUAAAGAUAAACAACACACCUUCCCUCUGCAGCAAACAGCAUUUAUCACACUGCAUAGUCAGACAUCAGUAGGAAGUUUCUGGUCUUGAGAUUGCUUUGAAGUUGCUGAGGAUGAGAGCAUUGAUCCUCUCUCUGGUUUUACUGGCAUCUCUGGGGGCUUUUCAUUGUGCCCCUGAUACUGCCCUGCCUCCGACAGCCAACACUCUCAAACGUCUGUCUCUGGAAGGGGAGAAGCUGGUGGAUCAGGAGGUCAGCAAGGCACUGUUUGGGAUCAAACAAAUGAAGGAGGUGAUGGCCAGGAAUGAACAGAAACACGCAAACCUCAUGAAGUCUCUCAGGCACAGCGGGGAGAAGAAAAAAGGAGCAGCAGAGAUCGCACAGGAUAUAGAAAAGACGCUGAAUGAAGCUGAACAGCAGUGUAAGGAGUCUCUGAAGUCCUCCUGGGAGGAAUGUCGACCUUGUCUUGAGGACACCUGUAAGAACUUCUAUACCAACACCUGCCGCCGUGGAUUCGCCACCUUCACCAAUAAACUACAGAACUUCUUCCAAAGGCUGAGCUCUCGCUUUGGCCCUCGUGAUGCUCAGGAUGAGGUUGUGCUGAACCAGAGUGCAGAGAAUCCUGACCUGGAGGUGGUGAGGAUCGAGGACUCCUUCAGCAACCUCCUCACCAAAGUGGGAACCCUGGUCAAUCGCAGUGUCGUGCUGGUCUCCCACUUCCACCGUGAGCUGGACCAGGCCCUACUCAGAGCUUUCAGCCCUGAGCUUCAGGAAGAUAAAGAGAGUGAGCUGGUGCUCAAGCCUGCCAACAAAGCUCUGGAUUCUGCCUUUCUAGAGGGUGUGGGGCUGGAAGAUGUGCUUGAGUCCUUCUUUGAUUUUGGCAGAAGUGUGUUGGAGGAGUUUGGGGCCGUUGUCACACAAGCCUUCAGUGACAUUCAUGAUGAUAUGGAGAAGACAGAAGAGGAGAAAGAGAAGAAACUCUUCCCUCAGUUUCUGCAGAACAAGAGACUGUGCAGAGAUCUGCGCAGACAGUCCUCAGAGUGCUGGCAGCUGCAGAGCAAGUGUGAGGCCUGCCAGGGAACCUUGUUCACCGAAUGCCCAAAUGUAAGAGAACUGCACAUUGAGUUGGAUGAAGCUUCUCAGCUGUUGGAAGCAUCCAAGCAGCAGUACGAGGAGGUGCUGGGCAUCGUGCAACGUCAUACCGAUGACACCAUCAGCUGGCUCAGCAACAUGGCCUCUGACUUUGGUUGGGUGACUGAGCUCGCCAAUAACACCACCACUCCUGAGAGCAUCUUCAGCAUCGCCACGUUGGUGGCACAGACUGAGGUGGGCGACAACACCCCAGCAGCAGACACUACAGUGGAAGUGAAUAUUCUCAACUCCCCCACUCUCACCCUGACCGUUCCUGCGGGUCUCAGGAUGCAGGAUCCCGCCUUCAUCCAGUAUGUGGCACAGGUGGCUCUGGGCAUGUACAAGCAGAUGGCCAGGCAUGAUGAUGUAUAAUCUACAAGUCAUAAGCUUUCAUCCCAGCACUAACCAGGGUACACUGGUAUCAUCAUAUAUAUUUAUAUUUUAUGCAUUGUGUUAAGUUUAAAAAUCAAGUAACGGUAAGUUCUGUCAUUUAUUUAUGGUCUUAUCAUGUGACAGGUUCCAGUUAGCUGCAUUUGUAACAUGUCUUGUUAAUUGACUUAAACAUCAGUAUGUCAGAAAUGUACUUAAGGUAUAAUUAAAAUGUAUAUCACUGUGUGAUUGUAAACAAGUAUAACUGAAUCACAACUUAAAAAUAAUUUACUUUUAGUGCAAAACCAUUUCCUAGUUCAGGGCUCACCAAACUCGAUCCUGGAGGGCCGGUGUCCUGCAGAGUUUAGCUCCAACCCUAAUCAAACACACCUG